AUAAGGCCUUCUCACCUGAGCUAAACUGCUUUGAUGGGUCAGGUGUUUUUAGAAAUAUGUCAAAUGUUUGCAAAAUGCCUAACCCCAUCGGUUUAGGGACCUGGUAGAAUAGUUUGAUGCAGAUCAACUGACUUUACUGAACAUAGCAGUUACAACUUGUAAACAGAGUAGAGUAGGCCGAUCAUUCAGUUACGUACAGGAACUGGAACUUAAGCGAUCUUCUUGAACCUGAGGAUGCCAGCUCCGAUCAGACUGCGGGAGCUGAUCCGGACGAUCCGGACAGCUAGGACCCAAGCCGAGGAACGAGAGAUGAUCCAAAAAGAAUGUGCUGCUAUUAGGUCAUCUUUCAGAGAAGAGGACAAUACAUACCGCUGUAGAAAUGUUGCUAAGCUACUGUAUAUGCACAUGCUCGGAUACCCAGCACACUUUGGACAGUUGGAGUGCCUGAAAUUGAUUGCAUCUCAGAAGUUUACAGAUAAGCGUAUCGGGUACCUGGGUGCCAUGUUACUGCUAGAUGAGAGACAAGAUGUGCAUUUACUAAUGACCAACUGCAUCAAAAAUGACCUCAACCACAGCACUCAGUUUGUGCAGGGGCUGGCGCUGUGUACCCUCGGCUGUAUGGGCUCAUCAGAGAUGUGCAGAGAUCUGGCAGGGGAGGUGGAGAAGCUACUAAAAACAUCAAAUUCCUACUUGAGGAAAAAGGCCGCACUGAGUGCAGUUCAUGUUAUCAGAAAGGUGCCAGAGCUUAUGGAGAUGUUCCUGCCAGCUACAAAAAACCUGCUAAAUGAGAAAAAUCAUGGUGUUCUCCACACAUCAGUUGUUCUUCUCACAGAGAUGUGUGAAAGAAGUCCUGACAUGUUAGCUCAUUUCCGAAAGCUUGUUCCACAGCUGGUUAGAAUCCUAAAGAAUCUCAUCAUGUCAGGAUAUUCACCAGAACAUGAUGUGUCUGGAAUCAGUGAUCCAUUUUUACAGGUCCGUAUACUGAGGUUACUCAGAAUCCUGGGUAGGAAUGAUGAUGAUUCCAGUGAAGCUAUGAAUGACAUUCUUGCACAGGUGGCCACCAACACAGAGACGAGUAAAAAUGUAGGCAACGCAAUCCUUUAUGAAACAGUUUUGACUAUCAUGGACAUCAAAUCUGAAAGUGGAUUGAGAGUUUUAGCCAUUAACAUCUUGGGACGGUUCUUGCUAAAUAAUGACAAAAAUAUUAGGUAUGUGGCAUUGACAUCACUACUGAAGACGGUACAGACGGACCACAAUGCUGUACAGAGACAUCGGAGCACCAUUGUUGACUGUCUAAAAGAUUUAGAUGUAUCUAUAAAGCGACGUGCAAUGGAGCUGAGUUUUGCUCUUGUCAAUGGAAAUAACAUCCGUGGAAUGAUGAAGGAAUUGCUCUACUUCCUGGACUCCUGUGAUCCAGAGUUCAAAGCAGACUGUGCAUCGGGGGUCUUCCAUGCAGCAGAGAAAUACGCACCCUCAAAAAGAUGGCACAUAGACACUAUUAUGAGAGUUCUAACCACGGCUGGCAGCUAUGUAAGAGAUGACGCUGUGCCCAACUUAAUUCAGCUCAUAACAAACAGUGUGGAGAUGCAUGGGUAUACAGUGCAGAGGCUUUACAAAGCCCUCAUUGAUGAUAUCUCGCAGCAACCUCUUAUACAAGUGUCGUCCUGGUGUAUAGGUGAAUAUGGAGAUCUGCUGGUGUCUGGGAAGUGCGAGGAGGAGGAGCCCAUUCAGGUUACAGAAGAUGAAGUUCUUGACGUUUUGGAAGGCAUCCUGGUGUCAAACUUGUCGUCCACCGUUACAAGGGGAUAUUCUCUCACAGCAAUCAUGAAACUCUCCACCAGGUUUGCCAGUACUGUAAACCGAAUCAAGAAAGUUGUUUUGGUUUACGGUAGCAGCAUAGAUGUGGAGCUCCAACAGAGGGCAGUAGAAUACAAUGCACUUUUCAAGAAAUACGAUCACAUGAGGCCGGCCUUAUUGGAGCGAAUGCCUGUCAUGGAGAAGACAUCCACCAAUGGUCCAACAGAGAUUGUGCAGACCAAUGGAGAAACAGAGCCUUCAAUCCUGGAAACUAAACAUAUGCCCAAUGUCCCCCAGCCAGCUAACCAGGCAAAUGACUUGCUUGACCUUCUUGGAGGAAAUGAUGUAAUAUCUGUGAUUCAGACUGCCCCCCCAACAAAACUAGUCUCAGCAGGCGGAGAGCUCCUAGAUCUGCUUGGGGAUCUCUCCCUUUCCGGGAGUGUUCCUGCACCUGGCCCUCAGGUCUCAAUCUCCCAGCCUCCCUUCCUAUUAGAUGGGUUAGCGUCACAGCCACUUUUCAAUGAUGUUGCAGCAGGUAUUCCGCCUAUGAUAGCAUACAAUAAAAACGGACUGAAAAUAGAUUUCACAUUUGAAAGGUCCAACACAAAUCCGAAUAUAGCAGUUAUAACCAUGCACGCCUCCAAUUCAACAGAGGUCGAGAUGACAGAAUUUGUAUUCCAGGCUGCAGUACCAAAGACGUUCCAGCUGCAGCUCCUAUCUCCCAGCAGUAAUAUUGUCCCAGCACUGAACGCAGGAACCGUUACACAGAUUAUUAAAGUACUCAACCCACAGAAGCAACAGCUUCGAAUGAGGGUCAAGUUGACCUACACCCAUAAAGGUUCAUCUCUACAGGAUCUGGCAGAGGUCAACAAUUUCCCUCCUCAAUCUUGGCAGUGAUGACCGCAAUCCCUCAUCUUAAUCCCCUACUAAGGGAACUCUGGGAAGAAUCCCCCUGACUGAUCCCAUGUGACAUCACUGCAAAGUGCAACCCUGGGAUGCACGGGGAGCAAGUUAAUCUGACAUAAGAUGAUGACGAUAAUGAUUUCUGAAAACAUACCCAUUAGUAACUUUUUUUUUUAAAUUGAUUUCACCUUCAUCUGAAGAUGUCUGCUUGCAUUAACCAUUGCACCCCGUCCAUCUGUCGGUACACACAUGCACACUCUACGCACCUGCACAGCACCUCCCAUCUGCUGUCUCCUUUUGUUUUCUUUGCUGUAAAGACCCCACACACAUCACACUUAUUGUCAAUCAGUGCACAGCAGCUUUUUCUUUUAUUUUCUCCUUUAAAUAGAUGUAACUAAAAUCUAAGACCAACCAGCUUAUUACAUCCAUCACUUGUUCUUUACUUUGCUGGUCCAAUACCCUAAAACCUUUAUUUUCUAAAUUUAAAUUUCGUCUAGCUCUGAGGUUGCCAUAAAGAAUUUGCUGGCUCUAGGAUCCCAAUACUGAGUUGCACUUCUGUUGAAUUUCAUGGCUUCCAAAAAUGUUUGUCUUAGAAUUGCCUAUCCUGAGAUUUAGUUUCAUUUUGAUACAUUCUGCUUGAAGCUCUUUUUGCAUUUACUUAUUUUAGUAAAUCAAACCUACAUGGAUUAAAAUUAACCACAUAAAAUUUCUAUUAGUGUCCGCUUUAGAUGUUUGGAUAAGAAAGGUCGAUAUUAGACUAUAAUCAUGUAUGAAAGUAAUUGAAAACCAAAGGCUUAUUCUCCCCCUUAAACGGUAAAUAUAAACAUUGUAGUAGAAGGGUUGAGUAUCUCCUUCUCAAAGGUGUGGUAUCAGGGAUAAGUAUCUCCUUCUCUACUGCAUGAAGUAAAUUGUUAUUUUUGUGUUACUAUUGUAGCACUGGCAAUACAGCUGUUUUACAAAUUUGUGUUCAAUACACCAUAGCAGUUAAUAUUGUUCAAUUGGCUCCAGUCAGGAAAACACCCCAAACACAUGGGGAAAUUUGUGGAUGGUGCAUUUCUAUAACAAUGGGUAAAGAUCAGGUGCUUUGUAACUUGCUUUAACGCCAGUUAAGAAGAAAAAAAUAGUUUUAUUAAAGUUGUUUAAUGUGGGGGUUGCAAAGUUGCAUUUACUGGCUAACAUUUAUCCAUUGAAAUGAAGAUGCAUUUUCCUGAGUUGAAGUGUUCAAAUUAAUUUGAAAAGUACAACGGCACUUUUGAACCUCUAAGCUUCUCAUGAGAAAUUGUGAUAAUAAAACCUAAGUUUGUUCUGGUUUAGCAUUUUCAUUCCAGAAUGAUUUUUUUUGUUGUUUAUAAUAUUUCUGUUAACAUUUAAUAACCUGCCAGAUAUAUCUAUUGUACUAAUUUCAGUGAUUUUAAAUAUUCUUAUUUUGCCUGUGUUUAGCCCCAAACUCCAGCACUGAUUGCUUACCAGCAAGACCUAUCUGCAUCCGUCAAGUCUUACUGCUUCUGUCACUGAUUUUUAAUAAAUAGCCAUAGAAGAAAAUAUUUGUAUAUAUAGCUAGGCAUUUGAAUAUGAUCUUGAAUGUAGUGCUAAGUUCCAAGCACAAUUUUCUUCUACACUUUGGUUAAUCUCAUCACAACCUCCCCUUGUCCAAUUUACCAAGUAUACAGAAUUGGAAAAAAAAAAUCUUGGGCAUGUUUUAAAAUCUGUAGAAAUAAUGCCUGCUAAUAGUGUGCCUUUUAAUGUGUCGCAGGCAGAUUUCCCAGUGCCACUCCCUGUAUUAGUUUAUUCUUUAUAUUUGGACAUGGCUCUGCAUCAUGGGCUGUUAUGUGUUUUAAUUAUAACAUCCUUGUCGAAGAACACCGUCUGUGUCUGGUAAGAGUAAACCUCAAUACCUGUAUCACUACAGCUUCCAGCUAAAAGAGAAUUUGGUUAGCAGCACGGAGGAAUUUAAUCUUAAUGACAUUUUCGUUGCAUUUACUUUACUGUCCAAAUGGAUUCUGUUACUGUGAUUUGUUUUUUUGUUUGGCUUUUAUGUAUUGUACAUACUCUCUCUUUUUGUCGUAACACACCUUCAAAUUGUUGAUUCAGAAGUAUGUAAAUUACUUAUUACUUUUAUACUCCUGAAAUCUUAAGUGCAAAUUAUUAAUAGUCUUUAGUUUUUAAAUGCAAAAUCAUAGGUGGGUCACUUCCUAUUUUAUCAACAAUAGCUGCUGUUAACUGUUAUAUCUCUUGCAACAUAGUUGUUUCAAAAUCAAAUUUAAAAUGGUAUAUAUAAACCACAGUCGCUAAAUUGUGAGGAGUUUAUGGCGCAGUAUAAAGUCUUAAAGAUUCUCAGUAGACAUAUCUGAAUGCUUUAGUGUUACUGAUUUGUAAUAUGCCCCUAAAGCCAACAUAAUUUGCUUUAUGGUUGAUCAAGCUUUAGUUAUUACUAAAGGUGUAGUAUCCCAUACAUAAAAUUGUGUGCUUCUGAUAAAGUAGAUUACACAGAAGGAUACGUUACGGAAUUAUGUAGUGAACCAACGCAAGUGAGUUCCAUUGUAGUGUAAUUAUGGGACACUGCAGCUUUAAGUGUGUGGUGGUGGGAUGGGGGGGGGAUACAUUUGAAAAAAGAUUCCAAAUCUUUGUCCUGUUGUUUGCUUGACAGAGUUGAUAAGACUUUCCCUGAUUGUGUAUAUUACAGAACAAACUUAGCAUCUGCUGCCUGUAUAUUGUAUAUAAUUGUACAAAAUAUUGCAGAAUGGAUAUCCAGUUGAAGACCCUGUUACAAAUUAGAUAUGAUUACUUAAUGGCAUACAGCUAUUUAAUUAUUCAUUGAGGGAGACGAACCACUAUCCCUGUGGUUUGUUGAAUCUAUAGAUGGGGAUAGUGUGUUUUUUUUUUUUUUUAGUUUUUUACUCUUCAAUGAUGCAUAUAUUAAAUUGGCAUACAUUUAUGUUGCUAAAAUUAAAUUACGAUUUUCCUUCAGUGAAACAAUUGAUAAAUUGCUGGUGGCUGGGGUUUUGUUAUUUUGGGUGUACUGAAAAAUGUGAAUUGUUUGUGGAGCAAGUGCUAAGCUACUGAGUAGGUUGAUUGUAGUGGUGUGCAAUAACACCAAUAACACAGAUAUCUGUUUGUUGCUUUGGACCAUUUAGUGUGUUUACAUUCUCUUCAAGGGUAGUGAGCCCCUUGCCAAGGUAGCAAGAUCUGCCUUCAGCAUUGCACUGUAAUAAUGCUUGGCUUUUGUUCCCUGCUCAAGACCCCAUCUAAAUCUGGUUUAUCAUUACAUCCCUUGAGCCAGACUUGCACUCAAGGGAUAGAGGUGCACAUAUAAUUGAAGUAGUCUGGCUCUUAGGGUGCCUUUAAUGCUGGACUGCAUGGCUUUUUUUUUCAUCUUUAUAAAUUGUGUUUAAAAUGCAUAGCUCAAAUGUCAACUGUGUCUAAUCUCUGUUUUGAAUGGUGGACCAUGCUUCUGCUCACUAUUAGCUGGUGGAACAUGCCUGCCCUAUUCCAAGCAGAGCUAAAAAUUUUGAACCAGAAGCUUUUGAAUAAGAGUAAGUAAAAGAAACUGAUUAACUUAAGCAAACAAUAACAAUCCUUAGGUUAACCUUUCUUUCUGUUUUCAUAAAGGCUACCGGUAGAGGCAUAUACGGUUAUGAAUGGCAGGCAGUCUGCUGAAACGGCAAGGGGCUUGUUUCUGUAUUCUCUCUUGUGCCAAGAGCUGUGUGAUGCUACUUUUUAUAUAUAUAUAUAUAUAUAUAUAUAUAUAUAAAAAAAAACAGCAAGCUUGUUCAGUUUUGUUAGCGGGUUUAUUUUUUCUCCAUUUUACAAAAUUGUGCCUGCGUGCUUGACAUGGAAAUAGUCCCACCGGUCUUGUUAGCAUUUGCAUGGGUCACUGCUGUUCAUUAUAUUUUUCAUAGUGGUCAACCUCCUUUGUGUGGGUGUCGGUAUAAGCUAGCCUGCUGUGUAAAGCUGGGAGGUGGCAGUGUAGCUUUAGUGGUUACAUUUGAGGACCGGGAAGCAGAGUAUUACGGUCUUAUUUGAGUGUUUUGAAUGUUUAAAAUAAAUAAAUACAAUGAAUGAGAGUAUGUAUCUUUUUUUCUUUAUUCAAGUGGAGUUACUCCUUUGGGGAAAUAAAUCAUUAUUGAGCACUAGCUUUUUUUAAAUUAUUUUUAUUUGCACAGGCAGCAACUUUCCACUAGUGUGCGCUGAGCAAACUGAGGCUCAAAAGGAUUGAAAAAAUACAUUUUCCUUUUCAAUGCUAGUCAGUUCAUUACUGACUGGCUUGUGUGAUCAGUCUUAAUUACUGAAAAGGGAAAUCUUCAUGUUUGUCAACCAUAUACAAUGCAUUUGCAGCAUUGCUCUAAAAUGUAUGAACAGCAAUGGAACCUAUAAUCUUAAUGCUAUGCUACCUAGUCUGUGUGUGUGGAUUUUUAUUUUAUUUAUUUAUUUCUUUUCUCCUCCCCCCCUGCUCCACAAGGUGAAAUGUACUUACGGACAGCUGCAAUAGUUCAGCAAUUUUUGGCUUCAGAGUUGCAUGUGAAAACCAUUGUAAAUAUUCAUUUCUACUCCUGUAUUUUUUUUUUUUUUUAAUGCAAAAACAAAACUUUUUUCCUGCACUGGAACAUAAUGUAAAUUAGGAUGUAAACAUCUAUUAAUAAAGCUUAAGAGUUUUGAAAAUCUAAGCAUAUACACCAUUCCAUUUGAUGUGAUUUGAAUGUUUGCUACACUUAAGUUGGAUAAUAAAUGUAUGUUUGUUUAGUUGUGAGGGACGGGAGAGGAGGAGGAAAGAGAAAAUAAAUCCCCCCCCCCCCCCCCCCCCCCAAACAAAUCCAUGUUAUUGAGUAGGUGAAUCUAUAUGAAAGCCCCCCCCCUCUCGUGUAUCUUCAAUAUGCUACUACACAAAAUCUAAAUGGUGACAAAAAAUGAAUAAAUUGUAAUUUAGACAUUUUCACAUGAACUACAAUUGCAAGUCACUGGGCCUAGAGAUAGUUGGGAAUUUCAGAUUUAAAUAAAUUAAAAGGCUGUAAACAAUUUACAUGGGACGUUUUAGAAUUCUGUGUGUAUUAUUGUCUUUGGGUUGGAAAAAAAAUAUGAUCAGUGACCUAAUAAAAACAAAAGUCAAUAGGAAA